AAAAAAACAAAAUCAAUACAGCCACACAACUCUUGGUGCUCCAAGAAUCAAUGGAGGAUGAAAUUAGCAAGUUCUUGAAGGUAUGGCUCAUAGUCUUUGCAUCUUUAUUCUACUGCUAUGCAAUUGGCAACAAAUUCCCAAUUGGCAAAACAAGAUUUCUUUUAUUACUGCCAAUUAUUUUCCUCUUUCUUUACCUUCCUUUAAAUCUCUCCACCAUCCAUCUUGGUGGAAUCACAGCUUUCUUCAUUGCUUGGCUUGCAAAUUUCAAGCUCUUGCUCUUUGCUUUUGGUAAAGGUCCUUUAUCAUCCCAAUACCCAUCAAUUUCUCUACCAAGUUUCAUUGCUAUUGCUUGCUUUCCCAUCAAGAUUAAAGAAAACCCAUCUCCAAAAUCACAAAAUAAUCAAAACCCAUCUUCUGAAAUUUCGAUUAUAACCAAGAAAUCUCCAUUAAAUUAUGCAGUGAAAGGUGUUCUUCUAGCUGUUUUGAUACGUAUUUAUGAUUAUAAUGAUUAUAUCCAUCCAAAAAUCCUCUUGUGUCUCUACUGUCUCCACAUUUACUUCUUCCUUGAGAUUGUUCUAGCCAUGGUUGCGUCCCUGAUUCAAACCAUGUUCGGGUUCGAGCUCGAGCCACCUUUCAAUGAUCCAUACAUGUCUACUUCACUGCAAGACUUCUGGGGUAAAAGAUGGAACCUGAUGGUCAGUAGUAUCCUACGCUCAACCGUAUAUGAACCCACCCGCAUCAUAUGUGCACGUGUCCUCGGGCGAUCUUGGGCUUUGAUUGCCGGUGUCCUUGCCUCGUUUUUUGUCUCAGCUAUCAUGCACGAGCUCAUGUUUUAUUAUCUUGGGCGCGUGAAGCCCACUUGGGAGGUGACACGGUUCUUUAUUUUGCAUGGGUUUUGUGUGGUGGUUGAAAUUGUGUUUAAGAAGGCGAUUAACGGCAGGUGGCGAUUGCCUAAGGUGGUGUCGGGGAUUCUGGCGGUGGCUUUUGUGGUGGUCACAGGCUUUUGGCUUUUCUUUCCGCCGUUUCUCAACCAAUGCAGGGCGGAUGUUAGGGCGUUGGAUGAGUACGCUGCAUUAGGUGCUUUUAUAAGGAACUCCUCUCGUGCUUUGUUUAGCUUUUGAUCAUAAGCUUUAAUUUUUGUUUUAUAUAGAUAUUUUAAUCGAAUUGUAAUAAAAUUUAUAAAUUUA